AUGAAAUGCCAUCCCCUCCCUUUUAAUUCCUACCUUCUCUAUCUAAUGAAAUGUCAUCCCCUCCCUUUUAAUUCUUACCUUCUCUCUCUAAUGAAAUAUCAUCCCCUCCCUUUUAAUUCCUACCUUCUCUCUCUAAUGAAAUGUCAUCCCCUCCCUUUUAAUUCCUACCUUCUCUCUCUAAUGAAAUGUCAUGCCCUCCCUUUUAAUUCUUACCUUCUCUCUCUAAUGAAAUAUCAUCCCCUCCCUUUUCAUACCUACCUUCUCUCUCUAAUGAAAUAUCAUCCCCUCCCUUUUCAUACCUACCUUCUCUCUCUAAUGAAAUGCCAUCCCCUCCCUUUUAAUUCUUACCUUCUCUCGCUAAUGAAAUGUCAUCCCCUCCCUUUUAAUUCUUACCUUCUCUCUCUAAUGAAAUAUCAUCCCCUCCCUUUUCAUACCUACCUUCUCUCUCUAAUGAAAUGUCAUCCCCUCCCUUUUAAUUCCUACCUUCUCUCUCUAAUGAAAUGUCAUGCCCUCCCUUUUAAUUCUUACCUUCUCUCUCUAAUGAAAUAUCAUCCCCUCCUUUUUUCAUACCUACCUUCUCUCUCUAAUGAAAAUCAUCCCCUCCUUUUCAUACCUACCUCUCUCUCUCUAAUGAAAUGCCAUCCCCUCCCCUUUUAA